CCCACUCGCUUCUGCUGUAGUGGAGUUUACCUCCGGCUCCCCUACCUCAAAUUAUUUGCGACGAGGGCGACUGGAGGAGGAGGGGGACACAGUUAGGGUGGGUUCCUUCCGAAAGUGAUCGGCUCGAUCGAAACCCAUGGAAGAAGAUCUCAAUCGCGAUCGAGGAGGAAGGAGUCCUAGUUCUUGGAGUGGGAGCUCAGAUCGCAUUUCGGAUUUUUCCUUUCUUUGUUUUGUUUCGAUGUGAGAGAUCGCGUCGGAUCCAGGAUGUCAGAUCUGUUCGACGACGGCGGGGAGGGGUUCGCUUGCGAGGCCACCUGGGGGAACGCGACGCCGGCGGUCGUGAUGGCGUCUGCUUCGUUCAAGGGCGAGGGGAAGGCGGCGCCGGCACUGAGGCGAAGGGCUUCCAUGAAGCCGAACGUGGAGGUGGAGGAGUUCAUCAAUUUGCUCCAUGGAUCGGAUCCGGUGAGGGUCGAGCUCAAUAGGCUCGAGAAUGAAGUUAGAGACAAAGAUCGUGAAUUGUCAGAGGCACAGUCGGAGAUCAAGGCUCUGCGGUUGUCUGAGCGUGCGAGAGAGAAGGCAGUCGAAGAGCUGACAGAAGAAUUGACUAAGAUGGAUGAGAAGCUCAAGCUCACUGAAUCACUUCUUGAAAACAGGAAUCUUGAAAUUAAGAAAAUAAAUGACGAGAAAAGGGAAGCCUUGGCUGCCCAGUUUGCAGCAGAGGCAACACUUAGAAGAGUUCAUUCAGCUCAAAAAGAUGAUGACAUGCCCCCAAUUGAAGCCAUUCUCGCACCUCUUGAGGCAGAGUUGAAGCUCACACGGCACGAGAAUGUGAAGCUACAGGAUGACAACAGAGCAUUAGAUCGUCUUACCAAAUCAAAGGAAGUGGCACUAUUGGAAGCAGAACGGACUGUACAGAUUGCUUUAGCAAAGGCUUCUUUAGUGGAUGAUCUACAAAAUAAGAACCAGGAUUUAAUGAAACAAAUUGAGAUCUGUCAGGAAGAGAACAAGAUCUUGGAUAAAAUGCACCGACAAAAGGUUGCUGAGGUUGAAAAGCUUAGCCAGACUGUGCGAGAACUAGAAGAGGCUGUUCUUGCAGGGGGCGCAGCUGCAAAUGCUGUUAGAGAUUACCAGCGAAAAGUUCAGGAGAUGAGUGAAGAGAUGAAAAUUCUUGACCGUGAACUUGCUCGAGCCAAGGUCACAGCUAAUAGGGUUGCAGUGGUGGUGGCAAAUGAAUGGAAAGAUGCCAAUGACAAAGUAAUGCCUGUUAAACAGUGGCUUGAAGAGCGAAGGUUCAUGCAGGGUGAAAUGCAGCAACUUCGAGAUAAGCUUGCUAUAGCUGAACGUACUGCAAGAUCCGAAGCUCAGUUGAAAGAGAAGUUUCAGUUACGGCUCAAGGUUUUAGAAGAGGGAUUGAGAAUUUCAGCAAGUGGUACUAAUCGAACUAGUGUAGAUGGAAAGAGUACAAGCAAUAGUCCUUCAGGUCGUCAAUCCCUUUGUGGAGCUGAUAAUGUGACAAAGAGUGUUGAUGGCUUCCUAUCAAAGAGACCAUCUUUUCAGAUGAGGUAUUCUAUUUCUGGUAGCACAGUGUUGAAACAUGCCAAAGGGGCAUCAAAGUCAUUUGAUGGUGGCACUAGGUCUUUAGAUCGCAGCAAAGUCCUUGUGAAUGCAGCAGGUCUAUCAAUGAACGAAUCAUCUGAUGCAACUGAGAGUGAUGUCUCACGUAACAGUUGGAAGGAAAAUCCAGAUAAGAGAACUAGUGAGUUACCUGAUGUUGACUCAGUUGAUUGUGUCUCUGGGCUACUGUAUGACAUAUUGCAAAGGGAGGUAAUCACACUCAGAAAAGCAUGCUAUGAGAAGGACCAAAGCUUAAAAGACAAAGAUGAUGCAAUUGAGAUGCUGGCCAAGAAAGUUGAUACAUUGACUAAAGCAAUGGAGGUGGAGGCAAAAAAGAUGAGAAGAGAAGUAGCUUUAAUGGAGAAAGAAGUGGCUGCUAUGCGAGUGGAGAAAGAACAAGAUAACAAGUCUAAGCGACUUGGAGGUUCCAAGGGUCCAACAAAUAGUUCUCAAUUGCUGCCAGGAAGGAAUGCCCCUCGAAGUGGGUUGACGCGCAAUCUAUAGCAUGGAAAUGCAAUGUUUGCACGUGUGAAAAGGAAAUCCAAGCUAGCUCUUUCAUCUCUUUACCUUCUCAUUUUCUCUUGAUAUUUAGACCAAAAUGGGCGCCAGAUGACCCCCCAACACUUCAGUGAGAGCUCAUAUGGAGAAAUGGGGUGCUCUUGCAGUUGACUUUGGCUGUAGUUGGUUACCGCAAGUGAUGCAUGGGUUUGCUAUAGGCAUGACAUGUCAUUUUGGUAGGACAGUGUCUUUGUAUGUAUGUGAGGCCUGGUAUAUCCUUGUUCUUAAGCAUUUUGCAGGCAUCCUUUAUAUCGUGUUUCUUUUUUUCUAUUCUUUUCUUAUUUCUUUUCCAAGGAUGUGAAUAUAAUAUAAUGUAAUAAUAGAUUUAUGUGUGCUAUACGAUCUACUUGUUUUGCCUUUUA